UUAAUUUGUGUGGAGAUAUUGCUUCUCGUCAUCUCUUUCACCACUUCCUGUUCAAUGCUCAUUUGGUCUAUCGUGCGGUGCCGUAACGAUCACACAAAUAUAGUCAAAGUCUGAAGGCACAGGACGAGAGCACGAUUCCUUCGGAUUCACAGACUCAACCAACUUUGCAUGAGAAAUCCGAAUGGCACCUUCUGUACAGCAGCCACUCGGCCAGCCAGUCGAGAUAGCUCCCGAUGCAAAUAAAGUCAACGAUCACCAAGAGCCACGCAAAGAAGUGACAAUUCUUGUUACUGGGUUUGGUCCAUUCCAGGAUAAAUUUCCCAUCAACCCAUCAUACGAAAUUGUGAAAAGGCUUCCCGAAGCACUCGCUGCAGCUUCACCUAAGCACGCAUCAGUGCGCAUAAUUCGUUAUGGGACGCCAAUAAGGGUGGCAUUCGAUGAGGUGCGCGAGCUUGUACCCCAACUGCACAACGACUAUGCUGGCACAGCAGAUGUCGUCCUACAUAUUGGCAUGGCUUCUGGUCGCAAGUUUUAUUGCAUAGAACGAUAUGCACAUCGUGAUGGGUAUACGAAGAAUAAAGACCUCGAUGGCAAAAUUCCCCCGGAAGACGAAGGCAGAACAGUAUUCGCAGACUGUCCCACGACAAUGACCACAUCAUUGCAUUACGAUAAUGUGCUCCUGAACUGGCAAAGCAACGUUCUUGACAUACCGGAGAACAAGCCAGGGUGUGGAUGCGAUCUGAAAGAAAGUCACGACGCUGGACAUUACCUCUGCGACUAUAUUUAUUUCAACAGUCUGGCAUUCACUGGUCGACGGAGUGGUGAUAUGGAAGCCGUCGGUAGUAUAUCGAGACCUGUGCUAUUCAUGCAUGUUCCGGCUGAGAGUGAUGGAGAUAUGCUUGUAAGAGGCACGGCCGUUACCGUCGAGCUUCUCAGAGCCAUCGCCGACGACUUCGCAAAGCUUCAAGCUGAGUAGUCUAAACAAUAACACGGGCCUUGAACUUCACCAAGCAGUGCUCUAUGGGAGAGUUGGCCUGGUAUUGAGACUAAACACAUAUGUCUACACGUUGCUAUGCAUCUUGCAUCUGAUUCAAAGCAUUUGGUCUACCAUAAAUUAGCAUAUAGUCACGACAGCCGUAGCAGG